GGAAGUACAGGCACUUCCUCCUUCCUACCUCACUGGUUGCACACAGACCAGCCACUUUAAUAGGAAGUGUGAUUUUCGUGGCUAUGAGGAUCCUGGACCUCGUCUAGAACUGCUGGAACUGACUCCUCUGUGUUUUUUCCUUGUUGUAAAACAGCUUCAGCAGAUGUCACCUGGUUUAACCGGGGGAACUGCUCUCCGGUACUGUGUUAAACUGCUCUGAGCUCAGCCCUUCAUUCUGCCACAAUGGCUGCGACGUAGCGCAACUUUUGGGUCCACGGUGGAUGAACGAGGGCGCUCCGAGGCGCAGCUAACUUUUACUGACUUUGUGGGGACUAAAAGAAGGAAAAGUCAUGAAGAAGCAGUUUAAUCGUAUGAGGCAACUCGCCAACCAGACUGUCGGAAGGGCUGAGAAAACCGAGGUACUCAGCGAUGACCUUCUACAGAUCGAGAGGCGGAUGGAGAUGGUGCGCUUGGUGUCGCACAACACACACAAGAGGCUGGUGGCGUGUCUGCAGGGUCAGCUGGGCACAGACACAGAGAAGAGACACAAAAAGCUUCCUCUGACGACACUGUCCCAGGCCAUGCAGGAGGGAGGAACUCAGCUGGGAGACGAGGGUCUGAUUGGAAAGAUGAUGGAUGUGUGCGGGGAGGCUGAGAGCAGAUUAGCAACUGAACUGAUGCAGCACGAAGUCCAGAUUGAGAGAGACAUCCUUGAACCGCUCAACCAGCUGGCAGAGGUUGAGAUUCCAAAUAUACUAAAACAGAGAAAACAGCUGGCCAAACUGGUACUCGACUAUGACUCAGCUAAGACGAGAUGGUACCAAGCAACAAAGUCCAACAACCAGGCGAUGGCAGCUAAGGCCGACUCUCUAAAAGAUGAGAUGGACGAGGCUCUCAACAAAGUAGAAAUCUGCAAGGACCAGCUCUCUGCAGACAUGUACAACUUCGCUUCCAAAGAGGGAGAUUAUGCACGUUAUUAUGUCAUGUUAUUAGAGGCCCAGGCGGAGUACCACAGGAGGUCUCUGGCAGCUCUGGAGGCAGCUAUACCGACCAUCCAAACACAGCAAGACUCCUGGACAGAGAAGCCGGCUUUUGGCACAGCUCUGGAGGAGCACCUGAAGAGGAGUAACAGGGAGAUCGCUCUUCCCAUUGAAGCCUGCGUCAUGAUGCUGCUGGAGACCGGCAUGAAGGAGGAGGGUCUCUUCAGGAUAGCUGCUGGAGCUUCAAAACUAAAGAAACUAAAAGCAGCACUGGACUGCUCCACCUCUCAGCUGGAGGAGUUCUACUCUGAUCCCCACGCCGUCGCUGGAGCCCUGAAGUCUUACCUCAGGGAACUUCCUGAACCUUUGAUGACUUUUGGCUUGUACGAUGAGUGGCUGCAGGCUUCCAAUGUGUCUGACCCAGACAAGAGGCUUCAGGCUCUAUGGGUGACAUGUGAUCGUUUACCAAAGACUCAUAAAGCAAACCUCAGGUAUCUGGUGAAGUUUCUGGCUAAACUGGCUCAGGACAGUGAGGUUAAUAAGAUGACACCCAGCAACAUUGCCAUCGUCCUGGGGCCGAAUCUGCUCUGGGCAAAGACAGAGGGGACUCUGGCUGAGAUGGCAGCAGCUACGUCUGUCCAUGUGGUUGCCAUCAUCGAGCCCAUAAUCCAGCAUGCUGAUUGGUUUUUCCCUGAAGAGGUGGACUUCAAUGUUUCCGGCAUGUUCGCCAUGCCCACCCACCCUGCCACCCCUGACCCAGAACCCAGUCUGGAUAGGAAACGCCCCGGCAGCCAGGGGGGGCCAGACGGGGACAGUCACACCCCGCGUAAAGACAGCCCUGUUAACAAACAGCCGACGCCCGCUCCACGUAGAGCCAACACUGUUAAUAGAAAGCAGCCACAGCUAACCUCACCCACCUUCCAACCCCCACUGCCCCCUCUGGAAGCCUGGGCCGCUGCCCAGCCUGAGCCCCAGUCCCCGACUGCGGAGGCCGAUCAGCCCGGCCUGAGUGGAGGAGGUGUUGGCGGUGGAGGUGUGGGAGGUGGGGUCCAGGUAGCCACAGUGAAACCUCAGGUUGUAACGCAGCUCAGCGCAGAGGAGAGCAGCCCAGCCCGGGAGCUGAUGUCCACCCCUCCUCCCCAGAGGAAUGGCUCAGUCCAUCUUUCAGUGGGAACGCCUCACUCUCAGGGUGGAUCCAGGGGGCCGAGCCCACAUAUGGUUAGAAGAGGUACCAAGAAGCAGGCCCCAGCCCCGCCCAAACAGGCCAGUCCCUUCGCCUCUCAGCCAGCGAACCCUCAAACGCCCACCUCCAGUCACUAUCCACCCAUCACUCCCCGACGCCACCCAAGCAAAGAGAACAUAAUUCACGCCCCGAGCCACCCGCCUCCGCAGCCUCCUCAAGCCCACCAGGCACAGGGGGAGUCAGAGCCGUCUCCCCCCAGCACCCCCACCCCUCCAGACACUCCACCUCAUGAUGCACCGCACUCCAACCCGCUUUCUUUGCACCACUCCGGGUCUCUCCCACGACCCUCUAGACCUGCCCCAAAGCCAAAGCCCCGACCGACCAUGCCGCCUCCACCUCAACCUACAGCCAAUGAGGAUGGUAACGGCCUCUUCAACUCCGCCUCCAAGAUAAUAACAGACGGAGGCCUGAUCCUGAAGGGGAUUGGUCGAGCCUUCAUACCGGCAGUGAUUGUGGACGAAGAGGAGGAGGAGAGCUCUGCUGGUCAAGAGCCCGCUGAUGCCACCACAGCCCCGCCCACAGAUCCACAGAUCCCAUCAGAGAGCACCAAGCUUUGAGACAGAACAGAGACAUUCUCCUCCCUCCAAGCUGGUCCAGCUAAAAGUUUUGAAUGUUUAGAAUCAAAUAUCUCAGUGGUAACUCAAACUUAAGCUCCUUAAGCUGUGCUCACAUGAUAUCAGGCUGCUUACUGGGGAUAAAAGCCCAUAUUUCUUUCUGUUUUGGUAAGAGCUAAAACAGAAACUAUACUAAAACUAACUAUAAUAAAGAAAUACUAAGCUUCACAUCUAUUGUUUUGAAAAUUCUUGGAGUUCAUAGAUGGGGCUGCAGAGCCUCACUAGUUGCUAGGCUAAUUUAUACUUUAUAGCUAGGGCUGUCAAUAUUAGUGGUGUUAACUGCCAUGAAAUUAAGUUCCACAGUUAACACAUUAUUUUUGUUAAAAUGGUAUUAAUCUCAUUGUCUUUCCAGCUCUGAAUCAGAGCCACCCUAGUGUGGAUAUCAUAGAUACUACCCACUACAGUGAUGAAAAAUAAAGACUUGCUGCUCCUUUGAACAUCUCAAGCUCAGUUUUCCUGUGUUGAAGCUUUGGUAGUUUAUUAUACUCAUAGCCAAUAUUUCAGACAAAUAUGUGUUUGUAAUGAAAACAGAAUGUACAUAAUGGGACAAAUGUAAAACUGCAUCAUCAAAAAACAAGAUCUUUUUAGCUCAGAUAUCUGCCCUGAUCAAUGAGGCUAGGCUAAUUCCUUAAUAAAAAUCUUUUGGCUUAAUUAUUCACCUUAACUGGGUUACUUAUGUAGAGAAAACAACUUAACAGCAGCUCCUAAAAAGUGAAAUUGCUGUCACAAUAACCUGAGUUCACUGGACAUCAAGGGUCAUUUUGUACAUGCGCUCCUGUUUAUCGCUUAAUGCAGGGGUUAACACACUUUUUAGCCUAUCCCCAAAAUAAAGGUGUGAGAAACUAGCGACCCCCACUGUACCUGAGGUGAUCUAAGUAUAGCCAAACACAGCCAUUCAUAUAAAAGAUUAUUCAUGUGCAGACUUGCAUUUUAAGGGUUUUUAAGUAUAACUUUGAUGACAGCACAUAUCUCACCAAAUGACCAUGUUUUACUUUACAUUUAACUGAUUUUAUGCCCGUAUUUAAAAAAGAGUAAAAUAUACAAUUUUACAUCACUUGAAAAUAUUCUUUAUUUUUUUGAAUGGCAUCUGGCAAACCCUCUAAGUGUCUUGUGACCCUUGAGGGGUCCUGACCCCCACGCUGAGAACUACUGUCAUAUUGUGAAACAGUUUUAAACUGUGUAUUUGACACAUUAAGCUCUUUGAAACUGUCUCCUAACUUAAAAUCAUGGUUUGAGACCACAUUGAUGCUGCAGCAGUGCCAAAGUUCAGCACAUUUUAUUUGAUUUGUUCUAAAGGCAAUCGGAAAAAUAAAAUACUAAUACAGCUAACGGACCAAAUACUAAACAUUAGCUCAAGAAUCAGACAGGUCAAUAAUCAGUCAACCCAGAGUUUCUUGAAAAAAACUCUCUGCUUGAAAGUUAACCUUAACUGGGGUGCUUACACAGAGAAAGCUCCUGAAAAUUAAAACUGCUGUCACAAUAACCUGUUUAUUGGAUGUCAGUGAGUCAUUUUGUACAUGCACUCCUACAUAUUUCUUACCAUAUUUUCGUUUUAAAAAGUAGUUUGACAGCCCUUUUUAUAACUAAAAAUGCAACGUCUGAACUCCUAUAAUCAAAGAGACUUGUUAUUCAUUCUCAAGGUUUACUAAAGCCAGAAAAGAAAACUUUUAUCAAGGAGCACAGAGUUAUUGAAAUAUUAAACUAUAGAAUUACUUUUCUAAAUAAUUCUCCCCAGUUUCAGCCGGCUAAAUGUGGCAUUCAGCUAGAAAAGGCUUUUCAGAUGUUACCACACCAUUCAGCAUCGCACUAAAUGUGCACAAUUAAAGGACCAAAGAAAUUUUAUAGGGCCAAAGGAUAAUACUUAAAAACUAGAGCUGCUAGCCUUCUAUUAUGGAUGUUAAUGACCAAAUAUUUUUAAAAGUGCAAUAAGAAGAACCAGGAGUCUUCCAGUGGGGUCUCCUCCACAGCACAGACGCUGUAAAUUUUGGUAUUUUAGGUAGUUUUCCUUCUUUGAAUCCAGGGGGUAGAAUUUUAUCAUUUGAACUGUAUUUGAUUUAAAAUGACAGGAAACAGCUCAAGGGUUAGUUUUUAUCAUUAAAAGGGAUUUUGAAAGACAUUUAUUGUUGUAAAUGCUUUUAUCUUGUAAAUGAUUUCUCCCAACUCAGACUAAAGCUGCAACCAAAGACAGCCAAGUAAUGAAAUUUAUCUUUGUGUAUUAUUUUUGCUGACAAUCCUCACCCUGUUUGGGUUAGAUUUUUUUCAACUUUUGGAUUGUUUCUAAUUUCUUCUCAUUUUUUUUAUGUUGGCUUCUCUGCACAUAACACAUCAUACAAUGCAUCAUUACUCUUAAUAAUUAAAGAUUGUUCAAUA